AUGCAAAGCGUGCAAUUUUCUUUUUCAAAUUUUGUUUUAACAGUUGAAUUGAUGAUUGAGUUCAAGGAAAGUGAUGAUUUGCGAACUAUUUAUAACAGCAGAAAUCUAACACCAAAUACUGAGGAAUUUGAUUGUCUGUACAAAAUCUAUACACAAUCGAUGCACAGAUUCGGAAAAAAGAAAGAAAACACUUUCUCGCCUAAACAAUGUGCUACUUCUUACAAAGAUUGA